GAGCUCCGCCCGGGGGCCGGGGGCCUCCAGCUGCCGGGGCCCGCGGGCGCCGAAGGGGCGGACCGACCUCCCCUCAGCCCGCCGGCGGGAACGGCAGAGGCCGGCGACCGGCGAGCGCCCGGGAGCGCGGAGAGCAAGGCCGGCCGGAGCGCGCAGGAAGACACCGAGCGCCCCGCGCCCUCGCCCCGGCACCAUGCGACCCGCCGCGCUACCUCGCGGGCCCGGGGCUUCGGGGUCCGCUCGCUGAGCCCCUACGCUCGCCGCGUUGGAAACUCAGAAAAGAGGCGGCGCCACGUUGGAGAGCGGCGCGGAGCCUGACUAGACUUCCUCUCCGCCCCCAAGCCGGUCCCGGUUCCCUGGGCUCCACUAGCUUUGUCAUGAACCUGGCGCGAGCUUGUCUUUAGGGGAAAUUCGGCAGCCGGAGAGUCAGAGCAAUUUUUUGGUUGCUAAGUGUGAAAGAAGACACUCAGGAUGGCUCAGGGAUCCGGGGAUCAACGAGCAGUGGGAACUGCUGACCCAGAGGAGAGUUCUCCCAAUAUGAUUGUCUACUGCAAAAUUGAAGACAUCAUUACAAAGAUGCAAGAUGACAAGACAGGGGGUGUGCCCAUCAGAACCGUCAAGAGUUUUCUCUCCAAAAUCCCGAGUGUGGUCACAGGUACUGACAUUGUGCAGUGGCUUAUGAAGAACCUUUCGAUUGAGGACCCAGUUGAAGCAAUACACUUGGGAAGCCUUAUAGCUGCCCAGGGCUACAUCUUUCCAAUCUCAGACCAUGUGCUUACCAUGAAGGAUGAUGGUACCUUCUAUCGUUUCCAGGCUCCUUACUUCUGGCCUUCAAACUGUUGGGAACCUGAAAACACUGACUACGCCAUCUAUCUCUGUAAGAGGACAAUGCAGAAUAAAGCAAGGCUGGAGUUGGCAGAUUAUGAAGCAGAAAACUUAGCAAGACUCCAGAGGGCCUUUGCAAGAAAGUGGGAAUUCAUCUUUAUGCAAGCAGAAGCACAAGUCAAAAUUGAUCGAAAAAAGGACAAGACAGAAAGGAAAAUUUUGGAUAGUCAAGAACGGGCCUUUUGGGAUGUCCACAGGCCAGUGCCAGGCUGUGUGAACACAACCGAAAUGGAUAUCAGAAAAUGUCGACGCUUGAAGAAUCCACAGAAGGUUAAAAAGUCAGUGUAUGGUGUAACUGAAGAGUCACAGUCGCAGAGCCCUGUGCACAUACCCAGCCAGCCCAUCAGGAAAACCACAAAAGAGGACAUCCGGAAACAGAUAACAUUUUUAAAUGCACAAAUUGACAGACACUGUUUGAAAAUGUCCAAAGUGGCUGAAAGCUUAAUUGGUUACACGGAACAGUACAUGGAAUAUGAUCCUUUCAUAAUGCCAGCAGAACCAUCUAAUCCUUGGAUCAGCGAUGACGUCACUUUAUGGGACAUAGAGAUGAGCAAAGAGCCCAGCCAGCAGCGAGUAAAAAGAUGGGGCUUCUCUUUCGACGAGAUAUUGAAGGACCAGGUGGGGCGGGACCAGUUCCUACGAUUCCUGGAGUCUGAAUUCAGUUCAGAAAACCUCAGGUUCUGGCUGGCUGUCCAAGAUCUCAAGAAACAACCCCUACAGGAUGUGGCCAAGAGGGUGGAAGAAAUAUGGCAAGAGUUUUUAGCCCCGGGGGCCCCAAGUGCAAUCAACCUGGAUUCUCACAGCUAUGAGAUAACCAGUCAAAAUGUCAGAGAUGGAGGGAGAUACACAUUUGAAGAUGCCCAGGAGCACAUCUACAAGUUGAUGAAAAGUGACAGCUAUGCCCGCUUCCUCCGGUCCAGUGCUUACCAGGACCUGCUGCUGACCAAGAAGAAGCCAGAAAGUGAGCAAGGUCGUAGAACUUCCCUAGAAAAGUUCACUCGCAGUGUGUGCUGCUGGCGCAGAGUCAGAAUGGCCGCUGCAUUUCACCCCCGAGGUGGCUUCCUUCCAGCAGUGGGGAAAGUCACUGGCGGGGAAGCGCCUCACCGGCCUGAUGCAGUCCUCCUGAUGGUUCCCAGUGCCGGACAGGGGCCUGGGCCUGCAGAGCACCCCGGCAGGCGGCAGCGCUCCACAUCUGCGGACAGAGUUUCCUUGCACGGAGAUUUGGUCACUGUGAAGGAGAAAGAGUGAGGGCUGUGGAGGGCAAUGGUGGGGAGACUCAGUGGGUGAACAGGAAGACCAGAAGGAAAGCGUCCACAGAGCCUGGGGCCAGCCAGGAGAAGCCCCUGUUUACAACCUCUCUUCCUUGUACAGUCGUAUGCCAGAGCUCCAGGUCAGGGGAGAACGUCUCAUGGGAUUCCUGGCAGACCAUCACUUGAGAUGAUAUCCUUAAUAUCCUUGCUCCUCCGACUGUCUGGGGCAUCACACCUUGUGGCAAACUCUAAAAGGACAGUGGCCUUGGGAGCACCCAGUAUUACACAUUCUCUCUCUCUCUCUCUCUCUCUCUCUGUCUCUGUCUCUAGGGCACCCACUUGGGCACCAUAGUUAUGGCCACCGUGUCCCCUCCAUCGGCUGCCUCUCCCACUCCCUGUGGGCACCCAGGUGUAAGGGGCUAGCACCAGGCAUCACUCUCACUACACUAUCCCAAUCUCGUCCGGAGCACUUAGGCAACCUCACCUCAAGUUCUUUCCGCCCCCUUUGAGAACAAUUUUUGAAAAGGUCUCCAUGCGUGUGGUGGCUGCCCUCAAUCUUCUCAAAUAUCUCAAGGGUCCAACACCUUGUGGAACCACUGAUUCAGAUGAAAGAAUGGGUUGUUUAACAGCCAUGGAGGUUCUGAUGACUAUCUUUGAAAAAUUUCUUAUUUCAUCAUUUAUCCUGUUUUCCCCCUUACUUCUUGGUUUUACUCAGAAUAAACAUGGCUAUGAAUUUGGGAGCUAUUGGGAUUCUCCCCUCCCUGGCUCCAGGUGGAGGCUGGAAGAGCAUCCAGCCCAGGUGGGGCCUGGGUUGCAGGGCUGACCGCCCCCUCAUGAUGGCAUCCUGCCAAGCACAGUCAGACCCUUGCUGGGUCAGACCUCAGCUCUGCCUGAAGCUGGGACAGAGCACACUUUGGCAGGUCCAGGCCAGACCCACAUCAUUCCCUUCCCAGGCUUGAUCUGAGGGCCCCACCAAAGAAUCCUACUAAACAAAGCUGAUUGCCUAAGAGAAAGCAAAACCUGCAAAAAACUACAAAAGACCCCCCUGUAUUCCCUUUGCGUGUGUGUCAAAAUGACUCUUUGCCAACUGAGCUGUGAGGUCAUGUAUGUAAAGCAUCAAGUCAGGUGCCAGACAUGUAGUAAGUGCUUAGCAAAUGGUAGCUCAUACUGUGAUUGUUAUUGUUAUUAUUGUGAUACCUGUGAGCCCUCAGACAGAGCUGUAUUAAGUAACUGGUUUUUUAAUUCAGACACUCACCCACACACACCUGCUAUGAUGAUCCUCCUUUGAUCUAUCUUUGGCCACAGGUGAAAAAAGUCUCCCUUGGGAGUGUAUAAACAGACACAUCGAAGGAAACAAGUGAUCCCUGGUGUUUCUUUACUCAUGCAGGCAAAUUCACCAGCUGGUGACCAAAAAGCUCAAAAGCUUGUCUACAGUCCUGGCCUCCUGUUUGCUUCUCUGUGACCCAUCUUUCCACCUCCCACCUCUGAGUCCUUUCUGUGUCUGCUUCCACACAGCCCUGUCCUCUGGCCCAAGCCUCCUGUCCCUCACAAUGGAGCCACCCUGUGCAAUAAGAGUCCUCCUUAGGGUUGUAUCCUUAUGGAUUUUGACCACUACACCUCAGUUUCUCCCACUGGCAGUAGUUCCUCUCUUUUUCAGAUGAAGUGGAAAUCACAGAGAUGAUAUGUUGGGUUCUCCAAGUAUCUCCAAAGGUGACAAUUUAGAGCCAGAUCCUUGGUGGACUCCCAUACACUCAGCACAAAGACUAGCAGUUUGCAGAUACUUGAUAACCACUUGAAGAGUAAAUGAAUGUAAUGAAGCCCCACCCCAAGUUAUGGAGUCUUUCAAUUGCUCUUCUGCUCAUUCCACCUUUUUACUCCCUUCUUGUCAUAUAAACCUCCUGUUUCAGACUAAAUCAUAGUCCAAGUUCAUCUGCACCCAACUUUACCCAAGGGAAGCUUUUCCCUGCUCAGGGUCCCUGGUUGUGCAACCACUGAGGCACAAGUGGUCAAGGGCGUUCUUGAACAACCACGCUCUGUGCCCUCAGUUAUUCAGGGCAAGGGACCUGGCUGCCUCCUGCCCCUCCCAUGGGCUUUAGGGGGCGUUCUAAGUCAGGCUGUAGAUAGGGAAGGAUUGGCUUCCUGGCCAUGACUUCUGUGCCCCUCUCCCCCAAAUUCUUGGCUGCUGCUCCUGAUCUAUGCUGGCCUGAGAACUGACCUCACUCUGGAAGUUCCCAGAGGGCCCAACCAGAUCCAGGUGGACUGUGGCACUGAGAACAGGUGGAAGGCUUCCAAACACCUCUGGGGACAACCAGAGGGUAGGGGAGGAACAGCAGGCUCAGUAGAGAUAAGGACACUUCAGAGAGAUUCAAACCCAGAGCAAUAACCCUCCAUCCCUACCCCACAACAGAGGCAGGCUGGAUCCUGUGACUACCACAACAUGCUCCUCAGUAGCUCAAGCGAGGGCUGCAAGAAGAAGAACAUGAAACAAUCUUGCUCCAACCAAGUGGACCACACCAAGAUCAGGCUACCAUGCAGACCUCAUAAUGGAAACGUUUAGAAAAUUGAGUCUUGGCCAAGUUCCCAGUAGCUUGAUCUAGACAGCCAAAAAUCCAGGCUAGAUUAGAUGUUUGAAGACAGUUCUUUAGCAAAACAGAUUUCCCUGCCCUGUUCUGCCCUCUAGAAGCUACCUGAGGUCCCCUGGCUGGGCGUGGUCCCUGGGUCUAAAACUUUUCUCCCUAAGGGUUCAAAGAGAAAAUAUCAUUUUGGCAGCCCUACAGCCAAAGCAUCAGGGCAGUCUCUGCAAGUGACCACCAACCCAUCAGCUCCAACACACAAGGCACCAGGCAGGGAGCAUGUGACUGAAAUAACCUUUCCCUGCACAGGAAAGGUACAACUGGUAGGUUACAGGUAUAAAUGUUCAGCAGCAGCCCGACAACCUGACCCAUGCAACUGGAACUCUUUGGGCUGGGGAGAAGCCUCCUCCCUUUUAGAUAGCAAUGCAGCACCUUUGUUCUUUUGAGAAGCCAUUCCUGUACCCUAGAAACAAAGAGAGACCCAGCAGCCAGGGCAAUUGACAGGGCCUGUGUCCAGCUCCCCACUGUUGGUGGCCAGGUACUAGGCCAGCAUCCUGGAAGGGCCUCUUGAUAUUCUGAGUUGCUGCUCAGACUGAGCUAAUGGGGCCAUGCUCCAAGGUGUCUUCCCUGCAGGAUUCCUCGUAUGUUCAAACUACCUCACCAACAGGACACUGAGCCAGGAGCCUGCCCCCCUCCCUGAUUGUGGAAGUUGAUGUUUUUCCUUAAAAAGCAUCCCUCCCAUUCUACUGCAAAUGCCUGGGCUUCAAAAGCCACCACCAGGAAGCCUUCCCAGAAAGUACAAAGGAUUGAGGGCUAUUGGUCUUUGGACCCUUCGGAAUGUAAUGGAGGGAGAUGUCCCAGCAAGUUCCAGGAAAUAGAAAGCCCUGGGCUGGAGGAAGAUAAUGUGCCACCAGCCUCUAAAAGGAUCUGGCUAAGAUGAAUAUGUAGCAAGGACCAUGGACUAGUCAAACAGUGGCCAAAUAAAUCACUUAAUAAUUCACCACGGGACCCUCUGAACAGAGACCUGUGCUCAUGUAACCAUGGCAACAGCAGAUGCCAGCAACCUACUCAUUAGUGCCACCCAGUGAUAAGGCAUCCCCUGGACAAGAAAGACCCAGGGGCCAUAAAGUAGCAAAGUAGCAAAUGUAGCAAUAAGGACCCUAGGGCCCUAAAGGAGCAGGGUCCAAAUGACUGGGACUCAGCCCUCUCCUCAGCCCUACUGAGGGCUCAGAGCUGGCUGCUGUCAGCUGUCUGAGGAGGACAGGCCCUGCUCACACUGAGGGCUCCCGUCCUAUAUUCUAUGCCCAUUUACCACAUAAUCAUGGACACGUCGGAAUGGCCUCCUCAUAGUGCAUGUGGUUCUCAUUAGUUUAUUUUUCUGGAAUUUGGGGAUUGGACCCCAGAACCAAACAUGCUGGUAACAGUCUAAAAAUAAACGACUUGAACCUACUACUGUCCAGCUAA